AUGAGUGCCGCGGAGCAGGCGCACUGCAUCGUAACGGGAGAGCUCGUCGACCUGUCCGAGCAGCAAGUGACGAGCUGCUCCACCGCGAGUGGCAGCGCGGGGUGCACCGACGGGUGGCCCCCCGACAUGACGUACUCACGAGUCAAACCGGCACUGACAUGA